GUCAUUAUUAAAAAAUGAAAAUAGUGUUUGUCUAAAUAAUAAAUGCAUACGCAAUUUAAUAUUAACAGUUAAUAUAGACACAAUAUGCACAAUAUCCAGUACGUACAAAUUACAAUUGCAUUUAUUAUAUACAUACUACUGUUAGAUAGUGUAGAUAGUACUGGAUAGUACAUGUAGUGAGCCCCGUUAUUAGUGAAACACUGACACAAAAGAGUUAACAAAAUUUUGUCCAUAAAAAAAAAUUUACAUUUUUUAAUCAUCAACAAUAAUCAUUAUUUUGCUGUAAAACAGAAAAAAAUAAUAAUUACAUAUGCAUAUCCUUAAUGAUUGUAUGAUACCCCUAAAAUCGUCGAAUUACCCAUCACUGAUUGUCACUGAUGAGAGGUGUGUGGGUGUGUGGGGCAAGACAAUUUCAUAAAAAAAUCGAUGACUCAGACUGACUCAGACUGUAUUGAAUUUUUAUUUUGACACAAUAAAAGCAAAUAAAAAAAUUGACUCAUCAACAAAGUUUAGUAAUAUCUUCAUUUUGUGCUAACACAUCAAGUUAUAAUUACACGGUAUUUAACAGGUGUGUUUAUUAAUCAUACAAAGAACAAUUGACACUUGGAGUAAAAAAUAAAAGUCACAAAAAACAUAAUAAACAAUGUCAGAUUUGGAGCAACAACUUGCAAAUCUGCAGGUUGAUCAUCACAGAAAUCCAACAAACACAACAGGACGAACCAAUGUUGGACCAGCUGUACCACCAAAACCAAAAAAACCUCAACCACAGGUACCACAAAGCUACAGUAUAAAAACUCCACCAAUGCCAUCAUACAGUACAGUUUUAAAUAACACUGGUACUCCUCAAAAAUCAGUCAAUUUUUAUGCAAAUACAGAACGUCCAUGUCAACAACAGUCAAUGAAUGAUGGAUCAUUUAAAAUACAUCCAUCAAAAUUUUAUAAAGAUAAUGAUAAUUUCUAUCAAAAUGAUAAUCAUUUAUACACCAAUGAAACAAGAGAUAAAUCAUAUUCAUCUGAUAAAAGUUUUUAUUCAAACAUUGGUAGUAUUGCAGAGCCACAAGUACCAGUUGAAUCAAGAUCAAAUAGAGGAACAAUAAGAGAUGUUGUUUAUAGUAAUAUUGAACCAGCUGCACCAAUACCAGUACCAGCACCAACAAAUGAUAGGAAUAUUAUUUACAGUAAUAUACAAUGGAAUAAUAAGCCAGAAAAUACAUAUUCAAAUAUUCCAUCAAAUCAAAUUGAUUUAUCUGAUGAUUUAUUGCCACCACCACCACCAGAACCAACUGAGUAUAUAUCUUGUAUAGCUGGUAAUUUUCCACCACCACCACAACCAGAUGAACUUCCACCACCACCAAGUCCAGUAUCAUCAAGUUACAGUGAAUUACGUCGUGCAAAUUAUCAACCAGAAUAUCCAACGACAUUUCCUGAUAUCUAUGGUCCCUCAUCACAAUCCAGCUCGACAUAUGAAUCAAUUUAUGAGCCAAUUAAUCCACGACCACCAUCACAAUUAUCAUGUAACUAUUCAAUGUAUUCUGGUUAUGGUUCAGCAUCAACAAAUCAACAACAACAACAGCAACAACAACAGCAACAGCAACAAGAAAAAAAAGAAUCACCAGUUAAAGAAGUUGAGGAACUUACUGAUUUACUUGUUCAAGGUAUGGAAGAUGGACAAGAUGAUAUUUAUGGUAUUUGUGUACAAUGUGGUGAAAAAGUUGAAAGUGAAGAUGCUGGAUGUUCAGCAAUGGAUAAAAUAUUUCAUAUUGAUUGUUUUUGUUGUUUUGUAUGUCGUGUUAAUUUACAAGGUAAAUCAUUUUAUUCACUUGAGGGUAAACCAUAUUGUGAAAAUGAUUAUUUAAAUACACUUGAAAAAUGUUGUGUAUGUACUAAACCAAUAUUAGAUAGAAUAUUACGUGCAACUGGUAAACCAUAUCAUCCAUCAUGUUUUGCAUGUGUUGUUUGUGGUCAAUCACUUGAUGGAAUACCAUUUACAGUUGAUGCAACAAAUCAAAUUCAUUGUAUUCAAUGUUUUCAUAAAAAAUUUGCACCACGUUGUUGUGUUUGUAAACUACCAAUAAUGCCAGAACCUGGACAAGAUGAAACAGUUAGAGUUGUUGCACUUGAUAGAAGUUUUCAUAUAUCAUGUUAUAAAUGUGAAGAUUGUGGUCUUGUAUUAUCAUCAGAUGCUGAGGGUAGUGGUUGUUAUCCACUUGAUGAUCAUGUACUUUGUAAAAGUUGUAAUGCAAAACGUGUUCAAGCUCUAACAUCACAUAUUAAAACAACUGAACUUUAAUUGUUCAAUUGAUCAUUAUAUUAAUAUUAUUUUAUUUUUAUUUUUCAAGUUAUCUAUCGUUGUUCAAAUACGUAUUUAAAAAUUUACUAAUAACUUAAUUGUUUAAAUAGUCAAUGAUAUUAGCAGGAUAAAAAAAUUCCUUGAAAAUUUAUAAUAACUAUUUCAAAUAUUUUAUCAAAAUUAUUAUCACUAAGCAAACAAUAUGAUGAUUGACUAUAUUUUUUGUCAAUUGAUUAAUCAAAAUAAUAAUACUUUAAUAAUCAAAAUUAAAUUUUAAAAUUUUUAUAUUCUCAUUUUUUAAAUAACAAUAGUAAUAUCUCAAAUUUUGUUUUGUUUUUUUGAGAUUAUUUUAAUUUUAGUAAUGAUUUAGUUGAACAAACAAAUUGUCAAUCAUCAAGCCACAAAAAUACCUUAACAUUCCAACAUGUUAUCAGUAUAUUACCAUGUGAUAAUUCAG